UUCUCAUGUCUUUAUUGUCUUUAUUUGGAUCAUUAUCUAUUCUGUUCUUAAAUGUCUCUAUACCAUUACAAUGUUUAUGAGCAGCUACUUGCAGAGCAUGCUUUUGGUGAAACUUUUAGCAGUGUUGUUAUCAGUGACAUAUUGUUCAGGCCUUUGUCAAGACAUAGAUACUAAAGCAUGUGAAUUGAUGUUGCAACAGAAUCAGGGCCUUUGCAAUGACCCUACUCUGUCUUCAACUGCAUGUCCAAGAUUCUGUAAAAAAUGCCCUCUAGUUUGCCACCAUUGCGACGCGUCUGUUCAGAAUUUCACAGACUGUAACACAACACGUACUUGCCAAAUUGGAGAGCAAUGUAUGCUCCAUCAGCUGACCUCUUCUGGAGAUGGGCACCAUGAAUACAGAAUGAGCUGUGCUAGUGUAGAGAUGUGCGAUGGCACCGGUUUGAUGCCGUUUGGAAGACGCGGCCUCCAGUCACGUGAUAUCAACGUACAUUGUUGUGCAGACGACAUGUGCAAUCACCCAUCGGUACCAACGCCAGCACCAGCCUGCAAACGAGACAUUGAAAUCCUGAUUCAAGAUUCCACUGAUUCUUCAGCCUCUCAAUACAUCAUCCAGUUCCUAAAAGACCUAGUUUCACACCUUGACAUUGGUGCUUCCGACAAUCUAGUAGGCUUGGCAUCGAUAGAUACCGGAGUUCACAGACAGAACCAUCUAGAUUCUCAUACAACUAGAUCGGAUCUUCUCCAAGCUUUGGACAGAAUCAAAUUCAACCACCGCACUAACAAUAUAGAUGUCGAUGACGUCACACAUUUCUUGAAUAAUGAGCUGCAUCCAGGAAGGCACAGUGGGGAUAGGCCAUCGUACGAGAACGCUGUUCUAAUCAUCACCAAUUAUGCGACGAAACAUACCCACACUGAUUUAGAUUCUAACUUACACCAUGAUCAUCAAAAAGCUUUCUUAUCCUCCGUGACUGUAAUCAACGUAGGUUCUGGUUCCAAUGCGCAGCUUGAUUCGUUAGCAACUGAUCAGCAACACGUGCUUAGCGUCACAGACUACUCUUCAUUAUCUCAGAGUUUGUCACAUGUCCUUGCACUUUUCUGUAUGUGAUCGUUUGGGAAAUAUAAUUGCACAUUGCAUCUGA